GAGGAGUAGGGACACCCCAGGCAAAUCAGUGUGGAAUAAGCUGGGAUACCUGUCUGGUCUAAGAUCUGUCGCCAUAGCUCACUGUGGACACCAUUGUUGCCUCCAGAAAGCCGGUCACAGCACAUGGAUGGGGAUAUCUGGUAGUGGGAGGGGACGUUGAGAGCUGUGAUCUCUUAAGAACAAGAGCUUCUAACCAGCUUGUUUAUUCAGUUGAUCAGCAUUUAUUGAUUACCUCCUGAAAGCCAAGUCCUGUUCUUAGUAUGCAUAUGUUGUCACAAGUGAGACAGACAUGGUUCCUUCUUUCCUGCAGCUGACAUUUUAGUCAAGGAGGUAGGCAUGAGUCAAAGAAUGAAACAAAUGAAUGUAAAAUUACAGUAGUAGUAAGGAUUACAAGAGAGAAGAACCUGUUGCCACAGCCACAUAAAUGAAACCUCAGAGCUUGGCCGGAAGCGGAAGGCAGAGGAAGAUGCGGCACUACAAGCUAAGAAGACCCGUGUGUCGGACCCCAUUAGCACCUCAGAGAGCUCGGAAGAGGAAGAGGAGGCAGAAGCCGAAACCGCCAAAGCCAACCUGGCUGAUGCAUCAUAGCACUCAUUCCCACAAGUCUGGGCUUAGUGUCAGAUCCUCAUGCCAGCACCAGGCAGCCAAUACCAAUUGAAUUGUUAGCCCCAAGACCAGCAUCUACCAACUCCUUAGUCACGGGGGCAGACUUGACAUCAAGCAUGAAAGAGAAAGCCAAGGCAGAGACAGAGAAAGCCGGCAAGACGGGAAACUCCAUGCCACACCCUGCCACUGGGAAGAUGGUGGCCCACCUUCCCUCUGGGAAGUCUCCCAGGAAGUCAGCAGAGCCCUCAGCAAAUACUACGUUGGUCUCAGAAACCAAGGAAGAGGUCAGCAUCCCAGCUUUUGGAGCUGCUGCCAAGCCUGGGAUGGUGUCAGCGGAUCAGGCCGACAGCUCCAGCGAGGACACCUCCAGCUCCAGUGAUGAGACAGAUGUGGAGGGGAAACCCUCAGUAAAACCAGCCCAGGUCAAAGCCUCAGUUUCUACCAAGGAAUCUCCAGCAAGAAAGGCAGUCCCAGCCCUUGGAAAGGUGGGGGAUGUGACACCCCAAGCCAGAGGAGGGGCCUUGCCCCCAUCCAGCAGGGCCAAGAAGCCAGAAGAGGAGUCAGAGAGUAGUGAGGAGGGGUCUGAAAGCGAGGAGGAGGCCCCUGCAGGGACACCAAGCCAGGUAAAGGCCUCUGAGAAAAUUCUCCAGCUCAGAGCUGCCUCUGCCCCUGCCAAGGGGACCCCUGGGAAAGUGGCUGCCCCAGCACCCCCUGGGAAGGCAGGGCCUAUAGCCUCCCAGGCCAAGGCAGGGAAGCCAGAGGAGGACUCAGAGAGCAGCAGCGAGGAGUCAUCUGACAGUGAGGAGGAGACAUCAGCCGCCAAGGUCCUGCUUCAGGCCUCAGCAAAAACCCCUCAGGUCAAAGCUGCCUCAGCCCCUGCCAAGGAGUCCCCCAGGAAAGGAGCUGCCCUGGUGCCCCCUGGGAAGACGGGGCCUGCAGCUGCCAAGGCCCAAGCGGUGAAGCGGGAGGAGGACUCGGAGAGCAGCAGCGAGGAGUCGGACAGUGAAGAGGAGGCACCUGCUCAGGCGAAGCCUUCAGGGAAGACCCCCCAGGUCAGAGCUGCCUUGGCCCCUGCCAAGGAGUCCCCCAGGAAAGGGGCUGCACUGACACCCCCUGGGAAGACAGUGCCUGCCCCGACACCCCCUGGGAAGAUAGGGCCUGCAGCCACCCAGGCCCAGGCGGGGAAGCGGGAGGAGGACUCUGGGAGCAGCAGUGAGGAGUCGGACAGUGACGAGGAGGCACCUGCAGCCAUGAGCACAGCUCAGGUGAAGCCCUUGGGGAAAAACCCCCAGGUGAGACCUGCCUCCACUGUGGGCACGGGGCCCUUGGGGAAAGGUGCCAGCCCAGUGCCACCUGGGAAGGUGCCACCUGGGAAGAGGAAGGAGGACUCGGAGAGCAGCAGUGAGGAGUCGUCAGACAGUGAUGAUGGAGAAGUGCCCAUAGCUGUGGCCCCAGCUCAGGAAAAGUCCUUGGGGAAAAUCCUCCAGGCUAAACCUGCCUCAGGUCCUGCCAAGGGGCCCUUGGGAAGGGGGCCUGCCCCAGUGCCCCCUCAGGAGGCAGGGCCUGUAGCCAUCCAGGUCAAGGCUGAAAAGCCCACAGAAGACUCAGAGAGCAGCGAGGAGUCGUCAGACAGUGAGGAGGCACCAGCAGCCAUGACUGCAGCGCAGGCAAAACCAGCUCUGAAAGCUCCUCAGACCAAGGCCUGCCCAAAGAAAACCAAUACCACUGCAUCUGCCAAGGUCACCCCUGUGCAAGUGGGCACCCAAGCCCCCCGGAAAGCAGGAACUGGGACUUCAGCAGGCUCAUCCCCAGCUGUGGCCUGGGGUGCCCAGAGACCAGCAGAGGACUCUUCAAGCAGUGAGGAGUCAGAUAGUGAGGAAGAGAAGACAGGUCCUGCAGUAACCAUGGGACAGGCGAAGUCUGUGGGGAAAGGCCUCCAAGUGAAAGCUGCCUCAGUGCCUGUCAAGGGGCCUUUGGGGCAAGGGACUGCCCCAGUACUCCCUGGGAAGACGCAGCCUUCAAUCACCCAGGUGAAAGCUGAGAUGCAGGAAGACUCUGAGAGCAGUGAGGAAGAAUCAGACAGUGAGGAGGCAGCCGCGACUCCUGCACAGGUGAAAAACUCAGUAAAAAAAACCCAGGCCAAAGCCAACCCAGCUGCCACCAGAGCAUCUUCAGCGAAAGGGACAAUUUCAGCUCCUGGAAAAGUUGUUGGUGCAGCUGCUCAAGCCAAACAGAGAUCUCCAGCCAAGGUAAAGCCACAAGCAAGAAACCCCCAGAACAGUGCCGUCUUGGUGAGGGGCCCAGCAUCUGUGCCACCUGUGGGAAAGGCAGUGGCCCAGACAGGACCAGAGGAGGACUCAGGGAGCAGUGAGGAGGAGUCGGACAGUGAGGAGGAGACAGAGAUGCCAGCUCGGAUGAAGCCUUCAGGGAAGAGCCCCCAGGUCAGAGCUGCCUUGGCCCCUGCCAAGGAGUCCCCCAGGAAAGGGGCUGGCCCAGCACCUCCUGGGAAGACAGGGCCUUUGACCGCCCAGGCGGGGAGGCAGAAGGAUGACUCAGAGAGCAGCAGUGAGGAGUCAGACAGUGAUGGGGAGGCACCGGCAGCUGUGACCUCUGCCCAGGUCUUGUCCCCUCAGAAGGAUGGUAACUCCAAACCUGCCAGAAGCAAGACCCUGGUCCCAGCACCUCCAGAGAGGAACAUGGAGGGGUCCUCAGAGAGCAGUGAGGAAGAGCUGCUACUGACCCAGGUGAUUAAACCCCCUCUGAUUUUUGUCGACCCUAAUCGUAGUCCAGCUGGCCCAGCUGCUACCCCCGCACAAGCCCAGGCUGCGAGCACCCCGAGGAAGGCCCGAGCCUCGGAGAGCACAGCCAGGAGUUCCUCCUCUGAGAGCGAGGAUGAAGACAUGAUCUCCGCUACACAGUGCUUGACUCCUGCCAUUAGAACCAACGUGGUGACUGUGCCUACCACCCACCCAAGGACAGCCCCCAAAGGCAGCACGGCUAGGGCCAGCAGCAACAAGGAGUCCAGUCGGAUAUCAGAUGGCAAGAAACAGGAGGGACCAGCCACUCAGGUGUUAAAGAAGAACCCAGCUUCCCUCCCACUGACCCAGGCUGCCCUGAAGGUCCUCGCCCAGAAAGCCAGUGAGGCUCAGCCUCCUGUUGCCAGGACCCAACCUUCAAGUGGGGUUGACAGCGCUGUGGGAACCCUCCCUGCAACGAGUCCCCAGAGCACCCCUGUCCAGGCCAGAGGAACCAACAAGCUCAGAAAACCUAAGCUUCCUGAUGGCCAGCAGGCCGCCAAAGCCCCUGGGAGCUCAGAUGACAGUGAGGACAGCAGCGACAGCUCUUCAGGGAGCGAGGAAGAUGCUGAAGGGCCCCAGGUGGCCAAGUCAGCCCACCGGCUAGUAGGUUCCACCCCCUCCAGGAUGGAGACCCUGGUGGAGGAGACCACAGCAGAAUCCAGCGAGGAUGACGUCGUGGCGCCAUCCCAGUCUCUCCUCUCAGGUUAUGUGACCCCUGGACUAACCCUGGCCAAUUCCCAGGCCUCAAAAGCCACUCCCAAGCCAAACUCCAACCCUUCAGUUUCCUCUACUCUGGCCGCCAAAGAUGACCCAGAUAGCAAGCAGGAGGCAAAGCUCCAACAGGCAGCAGACACCUUGUCCCCUAAAACAGGUGGAAAAGAGGCUGUCUCAGGCACCAAACAUCAGAAGUCCCAGAAGCCCAAAAAAGGGGCUGGGAACCCCCAGGCCUCAACCCUGGCGCUGCAAAGCAACAUCGCCCAGCGCCUCCUGGGCCAACCCUGGCCCCUGAGCGAGGCCCAGGUGCAGGCCUCGGUGAUGAAGGUCCUGACUGAGCUGCUGGAGCAGGAAAAAAAGAAGGCGGCGGAUGUCAUUAAGGAGAGCAGCAGGAAGGGCUGGGAGAGCCGCAAGCGGAAGCUGUCCGGAGACCAGCCUGCUGCCAGGAACAAGAAGAAGAAGCUGGGGACUGGAGAAGGUGGGGAGGUCUCUGUCUCCCCAGAAAAGGCCUCCAUGACUUCCAAGGGAAAAGCAAAGAGAGACAAAGCAAGUGGCGGCAUCAAGGAGAAGAAGGGGAAGGGGUCUCUUGGCUCCGAAGGGGCCAAGGACAAGCCAGAAGAGGAGCUUCAGAAGGGGAUGGGGAAGGUUGAAGGUGGAGAUCAAAGCAACCCAAAGAGCAAGAAGGAGAAGAAGAAAUCAGACAAGAGAAAAAAAGACAAGGAAAAAAAGGAAAAGAAGAAGAAAGCAAAAAAGGCCUCAACCAAAGAUCCUGAGUCACUAUCCCAGAAGAAAAAGAAGAAAAAAGAAGAAGACACCAGAGCAGACUGUAUGAUGAGCAUCAGCACAAGUCACAGGGAUUUUCUAGCCGAGCGGUGACCAUCCCCUUGCCCCUGACCUCCGCCGACCUCUGCUCACCAUGGGUUGGAAGUAAAUUGUCACCUGCCCCCCGCUCCACAGAAGAAGACAGGCAGCUGCAGGGGCCCCUGUACUGGCCAAGCCAGUGAGCCUGCGGGGAGGCUGGUCCAAGGAGAAAGUGGGCCAGCUCCCAUGACCUCGCCCUACUCACUCAACAAGGGACGCUUCAUAUAGAUGUGUACAGUAUAUGUAUUUUUUUAAGUGAUCUCUCCUUCUGCAGACCCCACAUGCCCAAAGGCCUCAGGACUUCCCACCACCUUGCUCCACAGAUCCAGCUAGGCCCGACCUGUGCCUCAUCCCGUGCUGCUCGGUCUCUGGCUGAUCCUGAGGCUUUGUCUUCCUCUCGUCAGUUAUUUUGGUUGUAUUUUUAUUGGUUUUUUUUAAGAACUCAAAAAAAUAAAAGACUUGGAGGAAGAGUGCAAGUUCCCAGUACAUCUGGGGCACAGGUUUCUUGGAAGGGACCAUCUCGCCAACACUUGGGAUUCCUUCUUGCAUGUGUGUUGAGGCUGUGGGUGACCACGGUUAGUGGGACAGGUGGUAAGUUUGAGAAAAGAGACGCAAUGAAAUGCCAAAUUGGCAGGGAAGGCUUCCUGGAUGAGGUGACACCUAAACUAAAAGAUAGUCAUGGUUGAUUUCCUGUUGCCAGAGUAAGUCAUGCAAAUACCCAAAGACAAGAAAUAGAAGGGGGCCUGAGAAGCCUUGAGCUAGGCCUUGAGCCAGGGGCAGGCUCUCUUGAGGUGCGUGGUGGAGAAUAGCUGUGGCAGGCACAGCAGGUCUAGGAAAAUCAGGAGUGGUGAGUUGUCCCUCAUAUUGAGCUCACCAGGGUUAUAUGGUGGUGGGGGCAAGAAGCAGAUAAACAUGAAAGACGUGGGAUGACAUCUUGUGUAUGGAAUGAAGGAGGGGAGGGGUAGCAAAGGAGGUCUCCUGUUCCAUCCUGGAAAUGCAGAAGCCCAUUUCCCUAGGCCCAGAAUCAUAUAAAACACCAGGGGUGCUAGAGAUGUCUCCAAAGCUUUAGCCUCGUGCUGGAAACAGCCAGAGGUAGUGCAGAAAAGGAAUGCAGAGCUGGAGGUGUUGGACACCCUGCAGUUCUUGAUUUCUGGCUCCUCUUAAAAAGAUAACAUCUGGCAGCAGGGGGGCUGUGGUCCCCCCUGGCAGCAACCAGAUAGAGCUGAGUAGCAGUUGGCCCCUUAGGUAGGGCAUGGGUGCCCAGUUCUCCACAGUCCCCCACUUCCUGUCCAUCCCUGACACUGAGGCCCCGUGUUGGUUGCCAUCUGUCUUCACAUUCGCACUGUUCUUAGUAUAGAAAUGAAAUUGGGGACGUAGGAAAAUGAAAGCUGUACCAAGAGGAGCUUGUGCUUAAAAAACUAGGCAAGAGCUUAUUUCUUUUUGGAAAUAAAGAGUGCUCGUGUGUGUUCAACAUGUAAUCAAGUAUAUCUAUGUCCAAGACUGCAGGCCCCGCAGGCAUCUCUGUCGGUUCUUCGGACCGCAUUGUCCCACCCAAAUGGUGGGUUUAGGGUCCUUAGUUACCUCCUUGGGAUAAAUGAACUGGAUCCCAACAGACAAGCCAGGAGCCAGAGUGUUCUACUUAGUACUUUUUAUUCUAACAUGAGCUAUGGCACUGAGAGCUGAUGACAAGCUUGACUGAGCAGAGGGAACCAGGGGUCAGCAGAAAGGAUUAUGGGUAGGGAAUCUUGGCUCUUUCUUGAGAAGUGAUGGGGGGAAGGGGAAGAGAGUGGCUCGGCCUACAGG